AUUUAUUCGGUGAAGCAGCUGAGGGAGCAUAUAAGCGAAGCAUGCGCCACAAUGCAAAAUACAAACUUGGACUGGAAUCGACGUGUCGCUGCGCUAAAAAUGCUACGUGCAGUGGUAAUUGGUGGUGGUAUGGAUUAUUCGAAUUUUUCGGAAGAAAUGCGUGAAAUCCAGGCAGCAUUGCUCAUUUCGGUGAAGGAUUUACGAUCGCAGCUGUGCCGUGAAGCAUGUGUGACAAUCGCUUUCUACUGUGAAAGGCUUGGCCUUGGCAUGGUGACUGCAAUGGACACUCUGAUGCCCACGCUUAUAUUGCUAAUGCAAAAUAGUGCAAAGGUAUUAUUUCACAUUUCUUCGUAUAAAAACUGUAAUACAUGGCAUUACUUUAAUAUUUUCCGCUCAAAAUGUAAAUGUCAAGCUGGCAUGACAUAG